AUGCACGAAGCAGACGGUUUGGGAGCUCAUCCUACAAAACGAGCGGUUAUCCACUGUUACAAUUGUGGAGAAGGAGGACAUUACGCCAAUCAAUGUGCGAAACCAAGGUAUGGUUAA